GAGAGACAGAGAGGAAAACAAAAACAGAGAGAAAGAUAUGGAUGAGCGGGGUGGGUUUUUGUCCAUCUGACGGGAGCAGCACGUUUUAUUCUGCAACCCUGGGGCUCUCAGCGCAGCCUCAGCCAGCGCACCUCGGUAAAGAUGGCAACAAGAGAAAAACAACCUAAACGACUGUUUAUACUAUAGCCUAACGUUUGUUAAACAGGGUAGCAAACAGUGGUCACGAAUUUUAGGACAACGGAAUUGUCCCGUUACUGAGGUAAUCGUUUCAAAUAAGACCUUUUUUUGUUGUUGUUGGUGUGUGUUCAUCUAACAAGUGACUGUGCCGACCGUGCCCCACCGUAAGCAGCGCACAGACCUGUCCCAGGUGCUGAAACCGCCGGUGUUGCGUUUCUGCGGCAACCAACGACCAAGUUCAGGCUACACCGCCAGUAACCGAUUUUUUUUUAUGAGAACAAGAAAAGGAGAGCGGGGGAGGAAAGGAUCUUAGCGCGGUGAAUGCUAAGCAACCCACUAGCCGAGGUGUCGGUCCGGCUUUCGCGAGUAAAUGGGAUAUUCGUUUGGCCGGGCAGGAUGUAAAAAAUUGCUUGAAGGAUGGGGAAACAAGGCUUCUCUGCGGCGACACUGCCACUGCUCGUGUUGGGCUCGCUUACGGUAUCCGUUUCCGCCGGUGACUCAGCCCUGUCGGCUCCUCUCAAUGUGACGAUCAGGGAGCUGGAGGCGAACACAGCCAUAGUCACAUGGGAGAUACUGGAGGGAGAUCCCGUCAUCGGAUUCGCCAUCACACAACAGAAGAAGGAUGUGCGUAUGCUGCGGUACAUCCAGGAAGUGAACACGACCACGCGCUCCUGUGCAUUGUGGGACUUGGAGGAGGACACAGAGUACAUUGUUCAUGUCCAGAGCGUCAGCAUGGGAGGCAGCAGUCCUCCCAGUGACCUGGUCAGCUUCAGAACUCCCAGAGAGUCUGAGAAACUGGCCUCCACAGUACCAGACCAGGUGAACAGAGAGGAGAUGGAACAGGCAGUGCAGCUCAGAGUUGGAGAGCUCAUCAUCAUCGUAGUGGUGCUGGUCAUGUGGGCAGGUGUGAUCCUCCUGUUCUGUCGUCAGUAUGACAUCAUCAAAGACAACGAACCCAACAACAACAAGGACAAAGCCAAGACCUCGUCCGAAUGCAGUACGCCCGAACACCCACAGGGAGGCCUACUGCGUAGCAACCUCUGAAACCAGCCCCCACAGUCCACUCAGCUAUAUGGCAAUAACUAAUCCGAUUCCUUAGGACAGAUCCCGAGACCAACAGAAGCCAUUCUCAAACUCCCCUUCUUGCAAACAACAGAAACAGACCGGGACUAAUACUAAGACCAGAAUGUAACCCAGGACCCAUUGAUAAAGCCACGACCAGAGUCAGACAACAACAACAAAAAAAAACAGUUGUCUUUGAAGCAAACAGAACUUGUUCAUUGCCACACUCUUUUGAAUUCGGGGAGCCCCUGGAUCCUGGAAACUGUGUGGCCAAUUGAUUGAAAAUGGCCGACAAUGGAUCCAAAAAGGUCAUUCUCUUGAACCUGGAUCACUAACUGUCUGAAUGACAGUAUGCACCAUCCAUUUGGAAACAUUUGAAAACGUUGGCACAUAUUGAACAUGACCCCUGGUUUCAGAGUAGCAUGACUGACAUCCAUGAGGAUGGGAUGUGUUUGUUUGGUUCCAAGCGAGAGGCCGUGCAUGUCGUCCGCAACAUGACGAUCACCACGACGAUGAUGAUGAGCUCUCCAGCUCCGAGCUAAGACUCCUACACCAUUCAGCACCUCAAAGACUACAGCAUAAACCCCGCCCAGGAACCCAGCUCAGCCAAUCACAACAGCCCAGCCCACUGUGGACCACAAUCACCCACCAUCCAGAGUGGGGAACCUGAAUAGGUGAAGUUAUCCCUAGUAGACUGGACACAUGAUAUUUUUAAUCACGCUUCUUCUACUUUCUGAUAUAAAGUAGUUCAUUGUAUCCGCUGUGGAGCCAGGUUUCAUAAUAUUACCAUAUGUCCCAACUGCUUGCCGUAGUUUUGAAGUAAUCACACAAAAAACAGGCCAUAUUUCAGGGCAUUUUUCACCCUGCCAGCUCCUAUUAGUUCUAUUGAGCACCGUGGCACCAACUCACCUCCAGAACAUUCUAUUCCCAGCAUAACGAUCUAUGUCACAAUGCCUGUUUUGCUAUUGUUGGCACUGAGACCUGCCCACGUUGCUGGUAGUUAACAACAACAAAAAUGACUCAUGGAACUCUGAGGUCGUCCCAUUGUUCACUAUAGGGAUAUGUGGGUAUGUCGGUGUAUUUUGCCAAAUAUCUCACAAUAUGUAUAUUUAGAUUUUUUCGAAAAGGACACCAUUUUAAACAUUAGAUUCUCCUCUUUCUAAUUAUGUAAGGCUGGGUAGCGUACUCCGUAGUCAUCAAACACUAGCCCCCAAAUUACCUUUUGACCUUGGAACGCUGGUAUAUUUCGCCAAAUAUCUCGCAAUGUGUAUAUUUAGAUUUUUUUCAAGUCGGACACCAUUUUAAUCACGAUAAUCUCCUCUAUCUAAUUGGUUGGGUCUAAUUGUGUUGCUGUCCUGGGGCUCUGUGGGGUGUGUUUGUGAACAGAGCCCCAGGACCAGCUUGCUUUAGGGGACUCUUCUCCAGGUUCAUCUCUAUGUAGGUGAU